GUGUAUAUAAACUGAUGCUGAAGUCGAUCUCAUCAUCAUCUGAUCUGACCAUCAGAGACUCGACAGACAGACCAACUUCUCUCCUUCAUCUGAGCGUGACUUCAGUGAAACCUCCGGCCAUCAUGUCUCUCUCAAAGGGGAAGUCACACCACCACAAGGGGCGAUACAACGGGAAGGUGUCGACCUCCAACCUUGGGCAUUCCGGAGAAGAUUUUCCAGAGUUUGAGCCUUUUCCUGACGCUCCCACACCCAGAGCACCUGCUGAUGACGGCACGUUUCUCUCGGUGCAGAAGGUCAACAUGUGUCAGCAGAUAAACAGACCACAACACAAGACGGCCUCCUACAACACCCCCAACCUGGUGGUCCGCCGCGGUCAGGAGUUCCUGCUGAGAGUCACCUUCAACCGCCCGCUGGCGCAGAGCGACGACUUCCAGCUCGAGUUCCUGAUUGGUGAAAACCCUUCAGCCAGCAGGGGCUCCCUGGUGGUGGUGACCUUCAAUUCCCGUCUCGGGGGCCCAUGGUCGGGUCGGAUUGUGGAGAGUCAGGGUGUAACUGUGACUCUGGGCAUCACGCCAACGCCCGACGCCAUCGUGGGAAAGUUUCGUAUGUACGUGGCCAUCGUAGCGGGCACCGGCAUGCGGCGAACCAAGAGGAACGCCGCUAGUGACCUGUACGUGCUGUUCAACGCCUGGUGUAAAGAUGAUGCGGUGUUUCUUGCUAAUGAAGCAGAGCGGAACGAGUACGUCCUCAACGACCAUGGUGUGAUGUAUCAGGGAUCAUUUGAGGCUGUGACAACCCGUGACUGGGUUUAUGGACAGUUUGAGCGCGGCAUUUUGGAUGCCUGUAUUUACAUCCUGGAUGCGUCUCAGAUGCCGAUCAAUGACCGAGGCAACAUCAUCAAAGUGAUCAGGAUAGGAUCCGCAAUGAUUAACUCUAAGGAUGAUAAUGGCGUGUGUGUUGGGAACUGGAGUGAUGACUACUCAAUGGGCAGGUCCCCGACAUCUUGGACAGGCAGCGUCCAGAUCCUUCUGCAGUACGCCAAAACCGGAGUCCCGGUCGGCUACGCCCAGUGCUGGGUGUUUGCUGGAGUCUUCAACACCUUCCUACGUGCCCUCGGCAUCCCGGCAAGGCCCAUCACCAACUUUGUUUCAGCUCACGACAGCAACGGCAACCUAAAGAUCGAAUUCAUCCGCCUGCCUGAUGGCUCGCCAGACGACAGCAACACCACGGACUCCAUCUGGAACUACCACUGCUGGAACGAGGUGUUCAUUACGCGCGACGACCUGCCGCCCGGCCUCGGAGGAUGGCAGGUGGUGGACGCCACGCCCCAGGAGACCAGCGAUGGAUAUUAUCGCUGCGGUCCAGCUUCAAUGACCGCCGUCAAGGAAGGUCUGCUCUGUCACCCGUUUGAUUCAGGGUUCGUCUUCGCUGAGGUGAACAGUGACGUCAUCUUCUACCAGCAGGAUCGCUAUGGGACUCUGACUCCGUACAAGGUGAAAAAGGAUUACAUCGGAAAGGCUGUUUACACCAAAUCUUUGGGCAGCAACUCACCGAACAACAUCACACAGUACUACAAGUACACUCAAGGUAGUGAAGAGGACAACAGGACUAAGGACCGGGCGAAGGAUUACGGCAUGGAGAUGGAUCAAUCCGAGCUGCCUGACACCACACUGUCGAUCAGUAUUAACGCCAGACAGGUCAACCUGAGUCAGGACGUCAACCUACAGGUGGAUUUCCACAACCCCAGUGAUGUCCCCAAAACCAUCCAAGCCAACCUGGCCUGUUCCUUCAUCUUCUACACCGGAGUCAGAGCCAGUCACUUAAAAUAUCACAACUUCACCAUCACCGUGCCAGCCACUCAGAUGAAGAGUGAGAUGGUGAAGAUCACAGCUGAUGAGUACAUGCCAUAUUUGGGCACUCAGCGUUGCCUGCACUUUGUCGUGACUGGACAGACUGAGGACGAAUCAGUGACCGCCCUCAAGGUGCUCGAGCUGCAGAUCCCGACGCUCACCGUGACGCUGAGUGGCUUGCCUCAGGUGCAGCAGGACAUGUUUGCCAACGUUACCUUCACCAACCCCUUCAACUUCGCCCUGAAGGCCUGUAGGCUGGCCAUGGAAGGAGCUGGACUCAUGAGCGAGAAGACACAUUUCUACGAAGUCAUUGAGCCUCAGGCUUCGAUCUCCUGGACGGAGUCGUUCAACCCUCGGCUGGACGGAAAGCGCUGCAUUGUGGCGGUGAUGGACUGCAGCAACCUCUGUGAGGUGAGGGGAGUUGCUUGCGUCAACAUCACGCCCUGAGAUGAUUGGUUCAACAGAGCUGUGUGACCCCCCCGCCCCUCUCCAUUUCCACUACGCCUCCACCAAUCACAGCAGCUUCAGACUGAGUGGGCGGAGCCGACAAACUACGCAAACAACGUCUUAAAUGAUUUAAUUUCGGUGUUUGAUUUCAAUGUAAGCAAAUCUCAGGGAAUUCCCAGCUUUGAUAUUUUUGGCAUUUUAAAAUGAGUUUAGCUAGUUUAGUGAGGAAGCUCGAGGGUUAAAGGUCAUACAGAGGAAUAAUAAUAGAUCCUUUUUAAUAGCUUUAAUGGGCAAAUUUGAGAAAUUUAAGGAUUUAGUUCUUGAUAAAAUGAGAUUUAAGAACUAAAAUAUUAUCUUUUUAAUCAAUAACCGUCUCAGAGAGUCUCCUCACAGUCUGAGAUAAAAAAAAAUCUGUUUAAUCAUCAUUUUAAUGUUUGUAUGAAAACAAAUUGCGUGCGAUU